CCUCAAGCUCAGCCUCCCUCCUCGGUGCAUCUGCCCAUCCCGACGGCGACGACAACGGCGACGCCGACGCCGACGGCGACGGUGACGGCCUCUGGGCCAUUUGAUCUGCCCUCGAGUCUGGUGUUCGUCGCGACUGCCGCCAACUCGUGCAGCCAGUCCGCGGGCAGUGGUCACACCAACAGCACUGACAUGUCGGCAACAGAGGCUGUACAUCUGCCUCCUCUGCACCAGACAUUGCCGCCGCCGCCGCCGCAUCGACAGCCCACGGGGCCGCCUUUUGGCGUGUCUGCCCUUAGCGACCAAGUCACCGGUUGCCAACCCGUCUCGUCGGGACAGCGCUACCAUUUGCAGACGCACACGAGUCCGCACAUUGGCCCCUUUCAUACCCACAGCAACCAGGCCUACUCGACGGUGCACAGCUCUCUGGAGGACGGCAUGAGUCAAUCCUCCGCCGGCGCCUACCCUGACGACUAUCUGCCGAAUGUCGUUUUCGACGAGCCCCUUCUCUCCGACCGACUGAGUGGACUUCGCCUGUCCCCGGCGGCCACGAAACCCGGUUCCGUCGUCAAGCCGACCAAGGGCUAUCCGCCUACCGAUCGUCUAGACCGGACUGCAUUUGGCGGUAGCAGCGAUGCUGGCAGUGGUCUUGGCGACAGCAGCGGCGGCGGUGGCAACAGCCCACUCGGGCCGACAGGCACCACGGCCUACGCCAACAAUUGGUCUGCAAUGGUGCCGGGUGGCCCUUCUGGAGAGGUCUUCUCCAACUUCAGUCCACCAGAGGCUAGUCCAGCGGCAGUUGCGAUGGCCGUUCCAGGCCUACUUGGACUUCGACCUCCCACUGCUGGAACAAAUGUUUUCUAUCUUUCAGAAGUGAAUCGCGUUGUCUAA